AUGACACAGCGAAACAUCAAAUGGAAGCCACCAGACGGAGUAACGGUGAAGAUGAAUUUUGAUGGGGCUAUGUUUGUAGAAUCGGACCAAGCAGGGAUAGGUGUGGUUGUUCGAAACCAUAGGGGUCAUGUCAUGGCGGCCUUAGCAGAAAAAAUCCCCAAACCAGCUUCCAUAGAGGUACUUGAAGUUUUGGCAGCACAGAGAGCAGUACAGUUCACUCUUGAGUUGGGCUUUGCACAUGCCAUCUUUGAAGGAGAUGCAGAGAUUGUUACUAAGGCACUUGCUGAAGGGAACAGUUCUUUGCAUAGUAUAGGACACAUUGUAAAAGACAUUGAGUCUAUAAGUGGUUUAUUACAAACCAAAUCUUUCUCUCAUGUUAGGAGGCAGGGUAACACUGUGGCCCAUGCCUUAACUCAGAGAGCAAGGCUUUCUUUUCCUGUUUUAAUCUGGAUGGAGGAUGUUCCACCAGAUAUUUUUUGUUUUGUAUCUGCAGAUUUUCCAGUUAUUUAA